UAUUUGGUUUACAUCAUGUUUUUGUAAAUAAAUCCAUUAACAUAUAGAAUAUACGUUUUCUUUGAAAUGUUAAAAGUUUUCAAUUUGUCCAGAAACGUAUGCUGUGUAAAUAAAAUACAAAGUAUAAAUACAACAAAGGCAGUUUCUUUUCACAUACAAUUUGCAGACUUUAAAUACAAACGAGUAAACAGUAAAAAUUCAUUCACAAUGCAACGCAAAUGGAACCCGAAAUUAAUUAAAUUUGAAAGAAAUAAUUGCGCUUAUGGCGUUCAGAAUUAUAAACUUUUGUCGUACAACAUAUUAGCACAGGAUCUACUUGUUGAACAUCUUCACCUGUAUUACAAAAUUGACAAUAAAUUGUUAAGGUGGGAGAGCCGUUUACAUAAACUUAAAGAAGAAAUGACUAUUCUUGCGCCGGACAUAAUGUGCUUGCAAGAAAUGCAAUAUGAUCACCUCAAAGAACUUGUAAAUCAGUUAAGUAUUGCGAAACAGAAUAUGAGGUUGGAGUAUGUGUUUAAGAAAAAAACUGGCACUCGAAGUGAUGGCUGUGCUAUUAUUUAUGAUAGAAAUAAGUUUAAAUUAAUAUCAGAACAAUAUGUAGAAUAUUACACUGACGGUGUGCCGACACUUAAUCGUGAAAAUAUUGCCGUUAUGGCAAAAUUUCAACCGCUGGAAGACAUCUCUGCUACAUUUGUAGUUGCCACAACACAUUUACUUUACAAUCCAAAACGAGAAGACGUUCGAAUUUCCCAAGUAAACAAAUUGAUGCAAGCAAUUAUGGAUUUUUCUGAUAUUUCUAUGUCAGUUGAUAACAAAAAUCGUCUGCCCGUUAUAUUGACUGGAGAUUUUAAUUUUACACCGGAUACACGCGCAUUUCAAUUAUUAACUGGUUUACAAAAACGAAAAUUGAUAUCUGAAAAGAGCAAAGACGUGCAAUAUACAGAGGAUUGCUUUCAAAUGGAUGCAAUUGACUUUGGAAUGGCCAAUGCCGCAUCAACAUAUCAAGAUCAAUGGAUAACCGUAGAUUAUAUAUUGAAAUCACGGUCACAAAGAAACAAAAAAUCAAUCCAUGUCAAUAGUAAAUAUAAAUUGCCAUAUGCAGACCAAUGUUGGAAAAAUGGUAGAAUACCAAAUCAAUUUUUUGGUUCUGAUCAUUUUUCACUGGCAAUUCAAUUUUCUAUAGGUUAAACAUUUCUAAUUAUUUUAAAUAAUUAAAUAUGUAAUAAAUAAUCAGUUGAUAAUGUAGAAUAAUGCUAUAAAUUACACUUAAAAAAUACUACUACUUUUGAAUACACUAAAAAAUACCUGGGAAGUGUUAAUAUUUUUCUGGUAGAAAUACACACAUAUUUCUCAAGAUUGCUUAAAUAAUUCGUUGAGAAACUUAAAAUUAUUAUAUAUUCAACUAAAUUACUGGCUUAUAAGAGCCAGUAAUUUUUUGAAAUUUUUGAAAAUGAAUUUUUGAAAAUUUCAUUACCAAACAGAAAACUAGUAUCACUUCCCUGGUAUUUAUACUUCAUUAUUUUUUGUAUCACUGUGUUAUUCGACACAUCUAGAAUUUUUUCGGAUAUUAGAAAAUAACUAAAACUUUGUCUUUAAAAUUUGACAUUAUCAUAAUUACUUGUUUGGCAUCAAUCCAAGUUUUCCAAAAUUGUUAUAAAAAUAAAACAAAUUUCAAGUUUAAAUUAGAGACGAAGAUCUCUUUUUAUUGUAAAUAAAUAUUACCUCGUAGAAU